CUGAGGCGCUUGUGCGUAACCGGAGUGCUUGUUUUUUCCCUUUCCUGCUUCUAACAAAUCCAAGCUGUUCACAAUGGAAGAGAUGGAAGAGGAGCUCAAGUGUCCGGUGUGUGGCUCAUUUUUCCGCGAGCCGAUCAUCUUGCCCUGCUCACACAACCUUUGCCUGGCCUGCGCUCGAAACAUCUUGGUGCAAACGCCGGACGCUGAAUCUCCGCAGGGCGGCCGCGCCUCCGGCACAGCGCCGUCCGAUUAUGACUACCUAGACCUGGACAAGAUGAGCCUGUACAGUGAGUCAGACAGCGGCUACGGUUCUUACGGCGGCUUCGCGAGCGCACCCACCACCCCGUGCCAGAAGUCACCAAAUGGAGUGCGUGUGUUCCCUCCUGCUGCUGUUCCCCCGCCGCAACCUCAGCACCAGCUGCUCCCGCAGCCUUUGGGCACACCGCCGAUUCCGCGCAACGCCUGUCUGACAUGCCCGCAGUGCCACCGCAGCCUGACCCUGGACGAGCGUGGCCUGCGCGGCUUCCCCAAGAACCGGGUGCUCGAAGCCGUGGUGGACCGCUACCAACAGAGCAAAGCGGCUGCUCUGCGCUGCCAGCUGUGCGAGAAAAGCCCACGGGAAGCCACAGCCAUGUGCGAGCAGUGCGACGUGUUUUACUGCGACCCGUGCCGCCUGCGCUGCCACCCGCCGCGGGGCCCGCUCGCCAAACACCGGCUCGUGCCCCCGGCACAGGGGCGCAUCAGCAGACGCGCGAGCCCGCGCAAAACUUCCACCUGCACUGAGCAUGAACUGGAGAACCUAAGUAUGUACUGUGUGCAGUGCAAAACACCCGUGUGUUACCAGUGCCUCGAAGAAGGCAAGCAUUCCACGCAUGAGGUCAAGGCACUGGGGGCCAUGUGGAAGCUGCACAAGGGGCAGCUCUCUCAGGCGCUGAACAUCCUGUCUGAUCGAGCCACUGAAGCCAAAGAGUUUCUUGUUCAGCUUAGAAACAUGGUGCAGCACAUCCAGGAGAAUGGAGUUGAGUUCGAAGCGUGCUUGGUGGCUCAGUGCGACGCGCUGAUUGAUGCUCUGAACCGCCGAAAAGCUCAGUUACUGGCCAGAGUCACCAAAGAGCACGAACACAAACUCAUGGUGGUACGUGAUCAGAUCUCCCACUGCACUGUAAAGUUGCGGCAGACGACAGGGCUGAUGGAAUAUUGUCUUGAGGUCAUCAAAGAAAAUGACCCCAGCGGCUUCCUGCAGAUCUCUGAUGCCCUGAUUCGUAGGGUGCAUAUGACUGAGAGUCAGUGGGGGAAGGGCACACUCACGCCGCGUAUGACCAGUGACUUUGACCUGACACUGGACAGCAGCCCUUUAUUACAAACCAUCCACCAGCUUGACUUCGUACAAAUGAAGGUACCUGCAGCUCCGAUCCUGCAGCUGGAGGAGUGUUGUAGUCAGACCAACAGUGCCACUCUGUCAUGGAAACAGCCUCCUCUCUCCACCAUCGCUGUCGAAGGCUACGUACUGGAGCUGGAUGAUGGCAACGGAGGGCAAUUCAGAGAAGUGUACGUUGGCCCAGAGACGAUCUGCACAGUGGACGGGCUUCACUUCAACAGCACGUAUAAAUCCCGCGUCAAAGCCUUUAACUCCAGCGGAGUGGGGCAGUACAGCAAAACCCUCGUCAUGCAGACCUCUGAGACUGGACUUGCCUCAUGUGAUAUUAACGCUCUAGCUACAGUUGCCUGGUUUACCUUUGACCCUGCGUCAGCCCAUCCAGACAUCAUACUGUCUAACGACAACCUCACAGUCACGUGUAAUAGUUACGACGACCGCGUCGUUAUGGGCAACACACCAUUCUCCCGUGGUGUGCAUUACUGGGAAAUGACCAUAGAUCGCUAUGACAACCACCCGGACCCUGCGUUUGGGGUCGCCCGGGGUGACGUGCUGAAAGACGUAAUGUUGGGAAAGGAUGAUAAAGCCUGGGCCAUGUAUGUGGACAACAAUCGCUCCUGGUUCAUGCACAACAACUCCCAUACGAACAGUCUGUCUUCCUCUCUCAGGACGGAUGGAGGGAUUGGUAAGGGAGCUACAGUGGGUGUUCUCUUGGAUUUCACUCGGGGGAUUCUGUUGUUUCUUAUCAAUGAUGAGCAACAAGGUCCUGUGGCGUUCGACUCAUUGGAAGGUCUUUACUUCCCUGCCAUUAGCCUCAACCGCAACGUUCAGGUGACUCUUCACACUGGACUGCCCAUUCCUGAUUUCUACACACUUGGAGAGUCAGACCCUUCAGGCUCCGUCUGCUGAAUACCAACAUAACACACACACACACACACACACACACACACACACACACAAACAAGGAGAUGAAUAAGAUUUCCACUGAUAUUCAGUUCUCAGUUGUUUAUGUGACAUCCUGGGUUGGUUUUAGGAGUGCUUUUUUUUUUAUAAGCUUUGCUGCUAGUAACAGCUGGUUGAAUUAAACUGUUUUACUUUAUGACAAGCAGAGGCAUCAGUAGAGCAGAAACCUAACGUACACUUUUAUUUGUAGUCCCAUAAAGGCAGAUAUUUAGGUGCAGUUUUGAGAACAUUGCACUAUAUGUUAAAAAUGUAAAAAAAAAAAAAAAAAAGCCACAACACAUCUAUUAUGACACAAAGUUCAGACUUGCCUCUUAUUCCUCCUCUAAUCUACAUCAUUUAAUCAUUGGUCAAAACAUCAGAUAGAAGAGGAAAAUCAACAUGCAAACUCAAAGCAAUGUGCGCAAGUAAAAUGUAUAUGAAAGAGCACAGUGAGUAGCAUUGCCUUCUUGUAGGUUCAGUGUCCCUGGUUUGAACCUGAUCUUGGGUCUGUUUGGUGUUUGCAUGCUCUGAGGUUACCCAAAGCAUGCUAGUGGUUAGAUCAGUCAUUCUAAACUACCCAAGGCAUGUGUACGCUGCCUAACAUCCCAUCCAGGGCGUACUUUGCCUUGUACCAACGUGACCCAAGAUUACUAAAGAUACUGAAGAUGAAUUAAUGGAUUAUAUGAAACAAUUGUAACUGGCCUCUGCUGGUCAAGGUUAGAGUUAGCAUUUCUACAUUUUCUUAACUUCAUAAAUAUGAUCAAAUACAUUACCCUCAUUUUAAUUCUAAUAAUUUUCAAGGUUUAGAAAAUGUUAUUUAACACCUAACAGCCCCUGAAUUGUGAUAACUAAUGACAACAAAGAAUAAUUCCUUAGGAUUAUUAUUAUUAUUAUUAUUAUUAUUAUUAUUAUUAUAGUUGGUGCUAAAGCAUUAAGACAUGGCUGUGGUCCUAUAAGCCUAUAAACUACUAAGUCUAGGCAGAUUUUAUACUUUAUAUUAUUGCUGAUCAUGUAUUACUGAUCUGUGCAAAAGUAAAUAUGUGCAGAGAUAAAUUAUGAAUCUGUAGAGGUUAUACAAUGCAGUUCAUUAUUAUAAUUGGACUAUGUGCAUUCAGUUCAGUAUAAUGUGUUAAAAUUCACACACUUGACUGAAAUGUUCGUGUGGCCUUUACUACGCUUUCUUUUUUGUAGAAAGCUGAGAAAUUUUAGGACAUUUUGUCCUCACACCUUACAAACUCACACUAUACAUACUGCUCCCUGUUUACCAAAACAUGAUAAUGACAAUUUGACAGUGAAUGAAAAGUACAAAUUUUAACCGUGUGGUAUAAAAUUCUGUAUUAUCAUGUGGCACUAUAUUGGAGCAAUCUCUUGUAGUUCAAUGACAAGGGUGUCAAUAUAGAAAUUUAACAGAAAUACAGUAAAGAGAACACUAGGCUGUCUCUUUUUCAUACGCGUGAACACACACACACACACACACAUUCAAGGACACAUCCAGGCACAGCAUGAACACUCACUCCUACACAGGCCCCCUUCUGGUCAACAAACAUAAUCAACAGCAGUACACACACUCACACACUUGUAUUUCUCUCUCUGUCCCCUCUGUUUGUUACCGUCUCAGAGCUGUACAGGCAAAUUGCUAAUCUUUAUUGAAAAUGGUGCUGCUUCUGUUUAUAUGUCUGAAAACUACAGUACUAUAUAUAGAUAGAAAGAUAUAUUUGUGUUUUAUUACCUGCAAUAUAAAAAAGCACAGCUUUACAUAAAAAAAAUAAUACUGAAUAACCUGGCAAUAUGUUUUAUGUUAUAGAAGUGCUAGAUUACAUGAACUGGAUGUUUGCGUGGCUCCAUGCCAUUAGAUGUGUGGGGGGGUUGAGGCUGCUAAUUCUUUUGGUGCAGUGAAAUACCUGCCUUUAUUUGCAUCACCAAACGUGUGUAGCCUACUUCAAAAAGAAAUUCCUGCGCAGUUUUUCAACUGACUGAUACAAGAACACUCCUUGAGCCUACCUUUGUUGUGUCGUUUGAAAAGUGGUACACAACAGAAAAAAAACAAAACUUGAACACCUACAGAAUGGCAUGUACAUCUAUAAUGCUGAGAAAAUCAUAGUGUUCAUCUGAGGUGAGAAAUGAAUGCUUUAGGAGUAUAGGCCUUUCAUCAUGCUGUUUAAGAAGCAAAACGCGUGGGUCUAUGACUGUACAUGGGAUUCUUAUUUUCUUUAUCAUAAAGUAAUCCCUAAUGUGAACAAUAAUUUUAUUACUUUAUUAUUAUUAUUAUUAU